UUAAUCACACACACUCCUCUUCACACUUUAUUUUCUGCUCAGUUGUUGUACACAAGAGUCUAAAAGUUAUGAAUCUUUAUAGAAGAAUGAUGUCCCUUAAACCGUCUUCUCUGCUUUGUCUGAUCUUUCUCCUCAUGAUCACAGAAGCUCUUGGGAAUGAAUGGAGUGUGAAAUACAGCCAACUUAAUAUCUGUGCUUUAAAAGGAUCUACAGUGAUUAUGAACGUCACUUAAACACACCCACCACGUCUUACAGUGACAAAGAGGUUUUGGUUAAUUAACAGUAAACCCGGUAAAGAGCCGACUGAGCUGUAUAAUGAACCAGGUUACUCAGGCAGAGUGACGUAUUUAACAGAUGUACAGAAUCACUUCCCCCUCAGUCUGAGUGAUGUGAAGAAAACAGAUGAACAGAUGUACUGCUUCAGAAUCAUAACAGAUGAAGAAAAAGAAACAUACCUGGGUGAACCUGGAGUUACACUCAGUGUUACAGGUCUUGAUCUUCAGAUCGCUCCUGCUGAAGUGACAGAAGGACAAUCAGUCGUUCUGACCUGUAAAACCACCUGCAGUCUGACUGAUCCAACAUUCAUCUGGUACAAAAACAGCAGAGAUUUAACCACAAAGACCAACAAGAACAAUGAAGUCUGUCUGCAGUCGGUCAGCAGUGAGGAUGCAGGCAGUUAUAGCUGUGCUGUAAGAGGAUAUGAACAUCUCCACUCUCCUGUUCAAACCCUCAGAGUCAGAUCUCUUGGGAAUGAAUGGAGUGUGAAAUACAGCCAACUUAAUCUCUGUGCUUUAAAAGGAUCUACAGUGAUUAUGAACGUCACUUACACACACCCACCACGUCUUACAGUGACACAGAGGUUUUGGUUAAUUAAACCAGUUUGGUAUAAAGAGCCGACUGAUCUGAAUAAUGAACCAGGUUACUCAGGCAGAGUGAGGUAUAUAACAGAUGUACAGAAUCACUUCCCCCUCAGACUGAGUGAUGUGAAGAAAACAGAUGAACAGAUGUACUACUUCAGAAUCAUAACAAAUACAGAGGGACAAAGAUACCUGGGUGAUCCUGGAGUUACACUCAGUGUUACAGAUCUUGAUCUUCAGAUCGCUCCUGCAGAAGUGACAGAAGGACAAUCAGUCGUUCUGACCUGUAACACCACCUGCAGUCUGACUGAUCCAACAUUCAUCUGGUACAAAAACAGCAGAGAUUUAACCACAAAGACCAACAAGAACAAUGAAGUCCGUCUGCAGUCGGUCAGCAGUGAGGAUGCAGGCAGUUAUAGCUGUGCUGUAAGAGGAUAUGAACAUCUCCACUCUCCUGUUCAAACCCUCAGAGUCAGAUCUCUUGGGAAUGAAUGGAGUGUGAAAUACAGCCAACUUAAUCUCUGUGCUUUAAAAGGAUCUACAGUGAUUAUGAACGUCACUUACACACACCCACCACGUCUUACAGUGACACAGAGGUUUUGGGUAAUAAACCCAUUUCAGGGCAAAGAGCCGACUGAUCUGUGUAAUGAACCAGGUUACUCAGGCAGAGUGACGUACAUAACAGAUGUACAGAAUCACUUCCCCCUCAGUCUGAGUGAUGUGAAGAAAACAGAUGAACAGAUGUACUACUUCAGAAUCAUAACAAAUGAAGGGAAAGAAAGAUACCUGGGUAAACCUGGAGUUACACUUAAUGUUACAGAUCUUGAUCUUCAGAUCGCUCCUGCAGAAGUGACAGAAGGACAAUCAGUCGUUCUGACCUGUAACACCACCUGCAGUCUGACUGAUCCAACAUUCAUCUGGUACAAAAACAGCAGAGAUUUAACCACAAAGACCAACAAGAACAAUGAAGUCCGUCUGCAGUCGGUCAGCAGUGAGGAUGCAGGCAGUUAUAGCUGUGCUGUAAGAGGAUAUGAACAUCUCCACUCUCCUGUUCAAACCCUCAGAGUCAGAUCUCUUGGGAAUAAAUGGAGUGUGAAAUACAGCCAACUGAAUCUCUGUGCUUUAAAAGGAUCUACAGUGAUUAUGAACGUCACUUACACACACCCACCACGUCUUACAGUGACACAGAGAUUUUGGUUUAUUAACCCAGUUCAGGGUAAAGAGCCGACUGAUCUGUAUAAUGAACCAGGUUACUCAGGCAGAGUGACGUACAUAACAGAUGUACAGAAUCACUUCCCCCUCAGUCUGAGUGAUGUGAAGAAAACAGAUGAACAGAUGUACUGCUUCAGAAUCAGAACAAAUGAAGAGAAAGAAAGAUACCUGGGUAAACCUGGAGUUAUACUCAGUGUUACAGAUCUUGAUCUUCAGAUCGCUCCUGCAGAAGUGACAGAAGGACAAUCAGUCGUUCUGACCUGUAAAACCACCUGCAGUCUGACUGAUCCAACAUUCAUCUGGUACAAAAACAGCAGAGAUUUAACCACAAAGACCAACAAGAGCAAUGAAGUCCGUCUGCAGUCGGUCAGCAGUGAGGAUGCAGGCAGUUAUAGAUGUGCUGUAAGAGGAUAUGAACAUCUCCACUCUCCUGUUCAAACCCUCAGAGUCAGAUCUCUUGGGAAUGAAUGGAGUGUGAAAUACAGCCAACUUAAUCUCUGUGCUUUAAAAGGAUCUACAGUGAUUAUGAACGUCACUUACACACACCCACCAGAUCUUACAGUGACAUGGAGGUUUUGGUUUAUUAACCCAGGUCAGGGUAAAGUGCUGACUGAUCUGUAUAUUGAACCAGGUUACUCAGGCAGAGUGACGUAUAUAACAGAUGUACAGAAUCACUUCCCCCUCAGACUGAGUGAUGUGAAGAAAACAGAUGAACAGAUGUACUGCUUCAGAAUCAUAACAAAUACAGCGGGACAAAGAUACCUGGGUUUUCCUGGAGUUACACUCAGUGUUACAGGUCUUGAUCUUCAGAUCGCUCCUGCUGAAGUGACAGAAGGACAAUCAGUCGUUCUGACCUGUAAAACCACCUGCAGUCUGACUGAUCCAACAUUCAUCUGGUACAAAAACAGCAGAGAUUUAACCACAAAGACCAACAAGAACAAUGAAGUCCGUCUGCAGUCGGUCAGCAGUGAGGAUGCAGGCAGUUAUAGCUGUGCUGUAAGAGGAUAUGAACAUCUCCACUCUCCUGUUCAAACCCUCAGAGUCAGAUAUCAUCCAAAGAACGUCUCAGUGUCCAUCAGUCCCUCUGGUGAGAUAGUGGAGGGCAGUUCAGUGACUCUGACCUGCAGCAGUGAUGCUAACCCACCUGUACAGAACUACAUCUGGUUUAAGGGGAAGACAUCAGUAGGAAAGGAAAAGACCUACAACAUCUCCAAGAUCAGCUCUGAGGACAGUGGAGAGUACAAGUGCAGGAGCAGUAAUGAAGUCGGACAUCAGGACUCCAACAGUGUGACUCUGAAUGUUCUGUAUCCUCCAAAGAACGUCUCAGUAUCCAUCAGUCCCUCUGGUGAGAUAGUGGAGGACAGUUCAGUGACUCUGACCUGCAGCAGUGAUGCUAACCCACCUGUACAGAGCUACACCUGGUUUAAGGGGAAGACAUCAGUAGGAAAGGAAAAGACCUACAGCAUCUCCAAGAUCAGCUCUGAGGACAGUGGAGAGUACAAGUGCAGGAGCAGUAAUGAAGUCGGACAUCAGGAUUCUAACAGUGUGACUCUGAAUGUUCUGUAUCCUCCAAAGAAUGUCUCAGUGUCCAUCAGUCCCUCUGGUGAGAUAGUGGAGGACAGUUCAGUGAAUCUGACCUGUAGCAGUGAUGCUAACCCACCUGUACAGAACUACACCUGGUUUAAGGAGAAAGAAUCAUCACCUGUAGGAUCUGGACAGAGUUACAGAGCUGUACAGAGUGGACAGUAUUACUGUGAGGCUCAGAAUAAACACGGCUCUGAGAGAUCAGCUGCAGUGCCUGUCACUAUUAAUGCAGGUACUGUGAUUGUGAUUGUGUAUGUGGCUGUUGGGCUCGGACUUUUUGGGCUUGCAGCUCUUCUCUCUGCACUCUUCUGGCUGAGAAGCAAGAGACAGAAGAAGAAGGAGGCAGAUGAAGGUGACAAUCAGAACACUGGGUCGAGUGCUAAAGAUGACAUUUACCAAAAUCUCGAGAUGUUACAGAUUUCUCAUCCCAGUCCUCAUGCUGACUCUCCCACAUCCUCUGACUAUGAGAAUAUUGCUGAAGUGACUUCAGCAGAAAGAGAAGACAAGACAACAGCAACACUUGUUAACCACACACUCCUCUUCACACUUUAUUUUCUGCUCAGUUGUUGGACACAAGAGUCUAAAAGUUACGCUCUUGGGAAUAAAUGGAGUGUGAAAUACAGCCAACUUAAUCUCUGUGCUUUAAACGGAUCUACAGUGAUUAUGGACGUCACUUACACACACCCACCAGGUCUUACAGUGACACAGAGAUUUUGGUUAAUUAACCCAGUUCAGGGUAAAGAGCCGACUGAUCUGUAUAAUGAACCAGGUUACUCAGGCAGAGUGACGUAUAUAACAGAUGUACAGAAUCACUUCCCCCUCAGUCUGAGUGAUGUGAAGAAAACAGAUGAACAGAUGUACUACUUCAGAAUCAUAACAAAUACAGAGGGACAAAGAUACCUGGGUGAUCCUGGAGUUACACUCAGUGUUACAGAUCUUGAUCUUCAGAUCGCUCCUGCAGAAGUGACAGAAGGACAAUCAGUCGUUCUGACCUGUAAAACCACCUGCAGUCUGACUGAUCCAACAUUCAUCUGGUACAAAAACAGCAGAGAUUUAACCACAAAGACCAACAAGAACAAUGAAGUCCGUCUGCAGUCGGUCAGCAGUGAGGAUGCAGGCAGUUAUAGCUGUGCUGUAAGAGGAUAUGAACAUCUCCACUCUCCUGUUCAAACCCUCAGAGUCAGAUCUCUUGGGAAUGAAUGGAGUGUGAAAUACAGCCAACUUAAUCUCUGUGCUUUAAACGGAUCUACAGUGAUUAUGGACGUCACUUACACACACCCAGCAGAUCUUACAGUGACACAGAGGUUUUGGUUAAUUAACCCAGUUCAGGGUAAAGUGCCGACUGAUCUGUAUAAUGAACCAGGUUACUCAGGCAGAGUGACGUAUAUAACAGAUGUACAGAAUCACUUCCCCCUCAGACUGAGUGAUGUGAAGAAAACAGAUGAACAGAUGUACUGCUUCAGAAUCAUAACAAAUACAGAGGGACAAAGAUACCAGGGUUAUCCUGGAGUUACACUCAGUGUUACAGAUCUUGAUCUUCAGAUCGCUCCUGCAGAAGUGACAGAAGGACAAUCAGUCGUUCUGACCUGUAAAACCACCUGCAGUCUGACUGAUCCAACAUUCAUCUGGUACAAAAACAGCAGAGAUUUAACCACAAAGACCAACAAGAACAAUGAAGUCCGUCUGCAGUCGGUCAGCAGUGAGGAUGCAGGCAGUUAUAGCUGUGCUGUAAGAGGAUAUGAAGAUCUCCACUCUCCUGUUCAAACCCUCAGAGUCAGAUAUCGUCCAAAGAAAGUCUCAGUGUCCAUUAGUCCCUCUGGUGAGAUAGUGGAGGACAGUUCAGUGACUUUGACCUGUAGCAGUGAUGCUAACCCACCUGUACAGAGCUACACCUGGUUUAAGGGGAAGACAUCAGUAGGAAAUGAAAAGACCUACAACAUCUCCAAGAUCAGCUCUGAGGACAGUGGAGAGUACAAGUGCAAGUGCAGUAAUGAAGUCGGACAUCAGGACUCCAACAGUGUGACUCUGAAUGUUCUGUAUCCUCCAAAGAUUGUCUCAGUGUCCAUCAGUCCCUCUGGUGAGAUAGUGGAGGACAGUUCAGUGACUCUGACCUGCAGCAGUGAUGCUAACCCACCUGUACAGAACUACACCUGGUUUAAGGGGAAGACAUCAGUAGGAAAGGAAAAGACCUACAACAUCUCCAAGAUCACCUCUGAGGACAGUGGAGAGUACAAGUGCAGGAGCAGUAAUGAAGUCGGACAUCAGGACUCCAACAGUGUGACUCUGAAUGUUCUGUAUCCUCCAAAGAAUGUCUCAGUGUCCAUCAGUCCCUCUGGUGAGAUAGUGGAGGACAGUUCAGUGACUCUGACCUGUAGCAGUGAUGCUAACCCACCUGUACAGAACUACACAUGGUUUAAGGGGAAGACAUCAGUAGGAAAUGAAAAGACCUACAACAUCUCCAAGAUCAGCUCUGAGGACAGUGGAGAGUACAAGUGCAAAUGUAGUAAUGAAGUCGGACAUCAGGACUCCAACAGUGUGACUCUGAAUGUUCUGUAUCCUCCAAAGAACGUCUCAGUGUCCAUCAGUCCCUCUGGUGAGAUAAUGGAGGACAGUUCAGUAACUCUGACCUGUAGCAGUGAUGCUAACCCACCUGUACAGAACUACACCUGGUUUAAGGAGAAAGAAUCAUCACCUGUAGGAUCUGGACAGAGUUACAGACCUGUACAGAGUGGACAGUAUUACUGUGAGGCUCAGAAUAAACACGGCUCUGAGAGAUCAGCUGCAGUGUCUGUCACUAUUAAUGACUCCCUGAGCUCAGGUGUGUACGCAGGUCUUGGUGUUCUGGUUGUGUUUAUUUGUCUAACUGUCACCUUCUUGUGUAUAAGGAAAAAGAAAAGAACUGGUUUACCAACUGGCCAAAGUUUAAAUCAGGAGAAUCUUUAUGAAAACAUAGCAGUGACAAACCCAGACAACACCGUAUCUGAUUCAGCCUCAGCCAAUCAGGAUGACGUUCUGUAUGCGAAUGUUGUACAUCAGAGGGCAGUUGAUCCCAGGACUGCUGAGAGUUCUGCAGUGAAAGCUUCAGCUUCUGAGGAGGUGGAGGUUCAGUACGCUAGUGUUAGGUUUAAACCUAGGUUUAAAGACAUCCGGGAGGAGUUCCUCUCGGAGGAACACCGCCUGGUGCCCACCCGCAAUUGCGCUAACCCGGGAAGAUCCGCACAAGAAAGGGGAGCCUACACAGGCCCCACUGCCCCCCGAAACAAGGCGGUGAGGCAGGCAGUAGGGGGAGCGUCUCUGAAUAGGGCGCUCCCGGGAGCCCCUGCCCUCGGGCGUCAGGACUCCUUCGUGGCCUGCUUGGCUGAGAUGACAGACCUAAGCCACAAGUGCCUCUCCAUGGCAACCAGCGCAGCCAUAGAACGACCUAUAGAGCGAGCUGUCUGCGAGCCGUCUGGCACGGAGCGCGAGAUCAGUGUCGCGGCGGAGCUCGGACACCGCCUGAGUUCCCAGCCCUUCACCGCCAUCCAGCUCUUCCAGCAGGUCAGCCUGGUCGAGGGCCCGAACGGCCUGCGGGACAAAGGGACAAAGCUUCACCUCAUUCUCUCUGAGUUUGCCUUCAAGUCAAAUAACAGUUCAAAGACUUCCAUUGGAUUAAAAUGCUAUUCUUUGUCCGCUUCUAUGAAGUUACUACUUCAGCAGAAAGAGAAGCAACAGCAACACUUCUUAACCACACACAGACUCCUUACAAUCUACUGUAUUUUCUGCUCAGUUGUUGGACAUGAAAGUCUAAAAGUCACGAAUCUUUAUAGAAGAAUGAUGUCCCAUAAAACAUCUUCUCUGCUUUGUCAAAUCUUUCUCCUUAUGAUCACAGCUCUUGGGAAUGAAUGGAGUGUGAAAUACAGCCAACUUAAUCUCUGUGCUUUAAAAGGAUCUACAGUGAUUAUGGACGUCACUUACACACACCCACCACGUCUUAUAGUGACACAGAGGUUUUGGUUUAUUAACCCAGCUCAGGGUAAAGUGCUGACUGAUCUGUAUAAUGAACCAGGUUACUCAGGCAGAGUGACGUAUAUAACAGAUGUACAGAAUCACUUCCCCCUCAGACUGAGUGAUGUGAAGAAAACAGAUGAACAGAUGUACUGCUUCAGAAUCAUAACAAAUAAAGAGGAACAAAGCUACCAGGGUUAUCCUGGAGUUACACUCAGUGUUACAGAUCUUGAUCUUCAGAUCGCUCCUGCAGAAGUGACAGAAAGACAAUCAGUCGUUCUGACCUGUAAAACCACCUGCAGUCUGACUGAUCCAACAUUCAUCUGGUACAAAAACAGCAGAGAUUUAAGCACAAAGACCAACAAGAACAAUGAAGUCCGUCUGCAGUCGGUCAGCAGUGAGGAUGCAGGCAGUUAUAGAUGUGCUGUAAGAGGAUAUGAACAUCUCCACUCUCCUGAUCAAAGACUCAGAGUCAGAUAUCGUCCAAAGAACAUCUCAGUGUCCAUCAGUCCCUCUGGUGAGAUAGUGGAGGGCAGUUCAGUGACUCUGACCUGCAGCAGUGAUGCUAACCCACUUGUACAGAACUACACCUGGUUUAAGGGGAAGACAUCAGUAGGAAAGGAAAAGACCUACAACAUCUCCAAGAUCAGCUCUGAGGACAGUGGAGAGUACAAGUGCAAGUGCAGUAAUAAAGUCGGACAUCGGUACUCCAACAAUGUGACUCUGAAUGUUCUGUAUCCUCCAAAGAAAGUCUCAGUUUCCAUCAGUCCCUCUGGUGAGAUAGUGGAGGACAGUUCAGUGACUCUGACCUGUAGCAGUGAUGCUAACCCACCUGUACAUAACUACACCUGGUUUAAAGGAAAUACAACAGUAGGAAAGGAAAAGACCUACAACAUCUCCAAGAUCAGCUCUGAGGACAGUGGAGAGUACAAGUGCAGGAGCAGUAAUGAAGUCGGACAUCAGGACUCCAACAGUGUGACUCUGAAUGUUCUGUAUCCUCCAAAGAAUGUCUCAGUUUCUAUCAGUCCUUCUAGUGGUAUAGUAGAGAACAGUCCAGUGACUCUGACCUGCAGCAGUGAUGCUAACCCACUUCUGCAGAACUACACCUGGUUCAAAGGGAUUACACAGGUAGGAAAUGAAAAGACUUACAACAUCUCCAAGAUCAGCUCUAAGGACAGUGGAGAGUACAAAUGCAGGAUCAGUAAUAAAGUUGGACCUCAGUUUUCUAACAGUGUGACUCUGAAUGUUCUGUAUCCUCCAAAGAACGUCUCAGUGUCCAUCAGUCCCUCUGGUGACAUAAUGAAGGGCAGUUCAGUGACUCUGACCUGUAGCAGUGAUGCUAACCCACCUGUACAGAACUACACCUGGUUUAAGGUGAAAGAAUCAUCACCUGUAGGAUCUGGACAGAGUUACAGAGCUGUACAGAGUGGACAGUAUUACUGUGAGGCUCAGAAUAAACACGGCUCUGAGAGAUCAGCUGCAGUGCCUGUCACUAUUAAUGACUCCCUGAGCUCAGGUGUGUACGCAGGUCUUGGUGUUGUUCUGGUUGUGUGUAUUUGUUUAACUGUCACCUUCUUGUGUAUAAGAAAAAAGACAAGUAUUAGAUCAAGACCAGAUGAGAGUUUUAAACAGGAUAAUCUUUAUGACAACAUAGCAGUGACAAAUCCAGUCAACACUGCCUCAACCAAUCAGGAUGAAGUUCUGUAUGCGAGUGUUGUACAUCAGAGGGCAGUUGAUCCAGGGAACGUUGAGAGUUCUGCUCUGAAAGCUUCGGGCUGUGAGGAUGGAGAGGUUCAGUAUGCUAGUGUUAGGUUUAAAUGCACUGCUGCGGACUACAGGCCAAUGCUUUCCAAUGCUGAGGAUUCCACUGUAAUCUACAGCAGAGUGAAAUAAAUAACAUUCAUCUAUUAAUUUAACCUCAUCACAGUUUCCACUUGGUAAUAGCGGGAAGCAUCUAGAAGUCCUCCACAAGAACUCAUGCUUUAUUUAAAAAGUCCAACGUAUUUAUAUAUGUAUAUACAGCAGUGUGUGCACAUGUGUGUGUUCUAUGUACUGUAGAAUAAUCAAAGGUAUGCAAAUAGGUUCAGUUGAGAGAUGACUUAUUUAUGUUAUACUAUAUGAUUGAUUAAUUAUACAUCAGAAUAUUUAUAUACAGAAUAAGCAUAUACUUUAAACUCCGUUUUUAUAGUCAUAAUUUAGAGUAUGGGGGAUUCAUUUAAAUAUUUCAUCUAUAAGCCCAACUAUUUAAUUAGUGUGUGUUUUAUUUACUUGGUUUUACUAUAUUUUAUAUGCACCUGUUAUUACAAUUUAUUGUGUUUUUAAUUUAAUUAUUUUUUAUUAUAAACUCAUUAGUAACUCUUGUAUUAUAAAGCAAGGCUUAUUAAUAGGACUUCAGUAAAAUCUAUAAAUAUAUCAUGUAUACACUAGUGCAUUAAUAUCCAGAGAUCAUUUAAAGAAAAAUCAUUAAAAAAAAAAAACUUUAUUUCACACCCAUUAUAUCACAUGACAAAUUAUGUCCAUCAGACUCAAAUCAAUCCAAAUUAAAUUAACAUGAAUAUCCAAAACUAUAUAACAAAACAAAUGAACCAAAUUACAUCCACAAUCAAUACAUAAUUUGCGUUCCCAUUUCCAGCAUUUAGCAGACACCCUUAGCCAGAGUGACUAACAUUUAUUUAUCUCAUUUUUAGAUAGUGAAUUAGGGUAAAGGGCCUUACUCAGGGGUCCAACAGUAGCAGUUUGGUGGACCUGGGAUUUGAACUUACAACCUUCUGAUUGGUAGUGCCCCUUAACCACUAGGCUACAACAUCAUUUUAUAGUGCAUGUGUUCUCCAGAUGCAUCCACAGGAGAUGUGUAUCCACUUUCAGCUCACUCUCAUUUAAGAAAGAGUCAUUUCAUUGUUCAUCUGUCAGAAACAGAUGCUUCAAAAUGAAGCCUUGUAAAGCUUUACAGAGAAGCUUGCUGAUUAUUAUGAAUGCUUGUGUGUGUGUGUGCCCUGCGAUGGGUUGGCACUCCGUCCAGGUUGUAUCCUGCCUUGAUGCCCGAUGAUGCCUGAGAUAGGCACAGGCUCCCUGUGACCCGAGGUAGUUCGGAUAAGCGGUAGAAAAUGAGUGGAUGUGCUGUAAUCUACACCAGCAGUGUUCAUUAAAUCUACUUCACCUGAUAGUCAAAUUAUUUAGCUUGAUAAUCACUUGAUCAAGUUGAUCUUAUUGUCAAGAUAUUUCACACACCAAUUUGGAAAAAUAAAGACAGUAUAAAUUAGCAGUUGCAUGUUCUGGUAAAUAGUACUUUAGAACACCCCCCCCCCCUCAUCCCCCACCCACCAAAAAAAAAACAUAUCACCCACCAACCUUCCUGUCCAGACCACCAGAGGGAAACCUUUGUACUUAGCCUUCGUUAAAUGUUAUGAGCCAUUAAAUGUCACUUACUAUAAUGAUCUAACUAUAGCUAUCCAUGUUUUCAGCUUAGUAGCGUGUAAAAGGUCAAAAAUAAAGCAAGUGUCUGUUUCUCA